GGGAUAUAAAAGAAGAACACAGGAAACGGGAGGGAAUAACGGGGAAGGAAGUAUCAUAUUGUUCAUUUCUCUCUCUCUGUCUUCCCGGUUACCGGGGCUUACUGGUCGGUGCGUCUUUGAGAGAGGGAGAGCGAGAUAGAGAGAGAGAGAGAGAGAGAGAGGAGGCGGUGGACGAAAGAGGGCGGAAUGCCCCUUUACAAGCGUCGCAUCUGACUAAAACAGCAGAGGAGCUCGUAAAUCGGAAAUUGGACUGAGGGAGACAGUGAUUUCUGCAACGCCAAGGGGAUGUCGGAGGGCUUCAAAAGAGUCUCCACAAAUCCGACACUGGAUUCAAAUCCAUGCUGAUGUGUUGGCGAGACCACGAAAAACUGAUGUGUUCCAGUUGGAGCUAGAUGACUAAGAGCUCAACUCUUUUCACAACUUGAAGACAAGAAAAAAUAAGGCUUCAUGUCUGCAGGCUCCCGUUUGUGGUCUUGGAAACAUUAGAAAAAUAACAAGCUAAAGGUUAUGCAUGGACUGCAGGCAUAACUCUGCAUUCCCCAGCCAAAUCUAUUUGCAGAGAAAAGUUUACAUGUGGAGUGUCUCCGCUCUGGCUUGCAAAUUCAACAUGGCCCAAAACCUCAAGAUUCAAGUUCAAUAAAGGGAAAGUGAGAGGGGUGGGUGUUGCUCAGUGAUACAUGGGCACGUCAGUCUGGUCUCUGUGACCCAGACCAAGGCACCCUGCAGAGCCCCUCGUGUUCUGUCUUUUUUGCCGCUGGCCCCUCGGCUUGCUCUGCCUCCUCUUUCUCAGUUCACACCUUGCAAAAGGUGGACGGGCCAACCCUCUACUUACCCGGGCGCCGUCCGAUAGGCGAGGGCGGCGAGGGCUGCGCUGUCAUUGGCUGACUGCUGGUGAGAGUGCGAUGCGGAUUGGAGGAUGUCGGGGGACUGGGAUGAAGAUCUGUGUAAGAAGGCGCUGGUGUUGGUGGAGGAGCUGUGCUUCAACUCCCCGAGAGGUUACAGCCAGAGUGAACGCUGCCAGGAGUUCAGCUACCUGCUGAGAGGUCGAAACAGACAACUGGACACAGAGAUCUCUGUCAGUCUGCUGUCGGUCAUCGUGACAUUCUGCGGCAUCGUCCUCCUCUCCGUCUCCCUCUUCGUCUCCUGGAAGCUCUGCUGGCUGCCAUGGAGGGACAAGGAGGGCGGAGGCCUGAGCCUGACAUCGGGGUUGCUGCCCGGAACCGCCGGUGUUGGAAGCCUCGGAGGCACCGGGGGCUCGUCACUCUUACCCCCCUUGCUGCAGAGGAAGGAGGGCCACUCCUCGUCCUCGCUCUACCCCUCCCUGGGCCAGCAGGGCCAGCACCACCCCCAUUUCUCUGACCUGGUGGGGCUGGAGAGGGGGGAGGUCGGAGGUGUGGUUGGGGGUCCACAGGAGACCCAGGAGCCCUCUUACUUGGAUAUGGACUCCUACCCCAACAAUGCUGGAACUCUGAAGCUGAGUCAGACGUCUCCCGAUGUCCCCAACUCAGAGGUUGGAGCCCAGCCUGUUAAAGACCUGCCCAACGCUCACUCCCAGCAGCAGGUCACCUCCCGGCCCAAGCCCAUGACUCACCAGCUCUCCAGUCCUGAUUUCCAUGGCGAGGAGAAGGAGCAGGUGACCAGCAUUGGGCAGAUCAAACCGGAGCUCUAUAGGCCCAAGGGCGACCAGGGCGAAGGCAAACAGGGCGACAACUGCGGCAAGAUCAGCUUCCUCCUGCGCUACGCCUUUAAUACGGAGCAGUUGGUGGUGAAGAUCCUAAAAGCUUUGGACCUGCCAGCGAAGGAUGCCAACGGCUUCUCUGACCCGUACGUCAAGAUCUACCUACUGCCAGACAGGAAGAAGAAAUACCAGACCAAGGUCCACAGAAAGACCUUAAACCCAGUGUUCAAUGAGACGUUUCAGUUUGGCGUGCCGCUGAAUGAGCUACAUUCCAGGAAGCUGCAUUUCUCUGUGUACGAUUUCGACCGCUUCUCCAGACACGACCUGAUCGGCCAGGUGGUGGUGGACAACCUGCUGGACUUCAGCGAGGGCAGCGGGGACAAACCCGUUUGGAGGGACAUUGUGGAGGGCACCGCGGAAAAGGCUGAUCUCGGGGAGCUUAAUUUCUCGCUGUGUUACCUGCCCACUGCAGGCAGGCUCACUGCUACAGUCAUCAAGGCCACCAAUCUCAAAGCCAUGGACCUGACUGGCUUCUCAGACCCGUACGUGAAGGCCUCUUUGAUCUGUGACGGCCGAAGGCUAAAAAAGAGGAAGACUUCCAUUAAGAAGAACACACUGAAUCCCACGUACAACGAGGCGCUGGUGUUUGACAUUCCCAAUGAAAAUAUAGAAAGUGUAUCCAUCAUCAUUGCCGUGAUGGACUAUGACUGUAUUGGCCAUAACGAGGUUAUAGGGAUGUGUCGUGUGGGCAGCGAUGCUGACGGUCCAGGGAGGGAGCACUGGACGGCCAUGCUGGCCAAUCCACGCAAACCAAUAGAGCACUGGCAUCAGCUUGUGGAGGAAAAGGCGAUUGGUACGUUUGUGUCGAAGACUGCUACAGCAUCCUCCCCUAAGCCGCACAUCGUGGUGGACAGUCCUCACUCCGAUUAAAACUGUCAUUACCAUCUCUCCAGUUCCAGCCUUUUCUUUCUUUCCUCUCAUCUGUGAAUAAUUCUCUCCAUCAAAGAAAGAGAGACGCGGAGACACCGCUAGUGUCCAACUGCUAGUGCUGUCUUGCUCCUGCUAAUGAAUCCUCCAAGUCGUGUGCUGAAGCCGGGGGGAAAAAUAACAUCUAUCCCAUCCUACACUUUGAGCAUCAGACUCCACAUUUACAAACACACACAGACACUAAAUGGUACCGUAGGACUAAGCUAGGCUGUAAAUUUGUGAUCUAGCAAGGGAACGAACACACAAAACACACACACACACACACACACACACACACACAUAACACACACACACACACACACACACACACACACAUAACACACACACAACACACACACACACACACACACACACACACACACACACAAAUACAGUGUUUGUAGUAUGUGCGUAGAUCAUAUGUGCUUCAGAUUUGUGAAGUAUUUCAUCUAGGAGGAGUGUGAUGGGACAAACUUUUCUCUUGUGAAAAGAAAAAAAAAAAGAAAAAAAAGAAAGCCAUCCUAGAAUGGUCAUUUCAACCAGGACCAAAGGUUCAUGCCCUUGUACAGACUAUAAAAGAAGAAAAUCACUAUGUCGAUAUUUUUCUUUGCAAUAUUGGUGUACAGUAAAUGCCGUACUGUAUGGGAAAACAUCUCACGUAGUACAUAGCAGGACAAAACAUUCAAGGAGGAUUCUCCAGGCCAUUUUGGACGCCUUCUCCAGGCUCCGCAUCCUCUUGUUUCAGACUUAACUUGCUUAUUUUCCCCAGAGGAAAGAUGACAAAGCGUCCAGUGGUCCUUAUUGAUGUCAGAGGAGCAAUAAAGGAGGACAGAAUCAUCGGUUUAAGCAUGUUACGCAACCUUGAAAUGUGUCCCUCUUCCUCAUGCUUUUUGUCACCAUUCUCAUGGUGCUCAUCAGUAUCAAUAUUUCUUUGAUUCUUUUGCUCUGUUGUUUGUGUGAGACAGUACACAUAUAAUCAGGAAUCAGGAAAGGAGUUUAUCCAUGCCAUUUUACCAGUCCACUGAGGAUGCAAUGGUGUGAGCUUCCGAGAGACUGGUUUUCCUAAUGUAGGACUACACAGGUUGAAGGAAACCUGCGUUUAGGACCGGACCAGCAUCUGUUUGGAGUCUAUUUGCCAGAGGAUGUAUCCCAGAGGAAAGGAUAUCACCACUCUAUCUUAUUUUUUCUAUCAUUCCAGAACUUGUUUUUGUUUUCUCAAGAAGUCAUCGUCCAGCUUCAACUGAGAAAAUGAUUCUCUUCAAGUCCACAUCAUGUCCCUGACAAGACUUUAGAAGGACACACACGUCCGUGUUGCUUUUACUAGUGUGUUUCUGUGUUUGUGGGCGUGUUUGUUUUGUAUUUGUGCGUGUCUGUGUGUGUGUGCGUGUGUAUGUCUGUGUGUCACUGUGACCUUGUGUGUGACACGUUUCUGUGCUCACUUCCUCCCUUGUCCCUUUUCACUCUUCGCCUCCCUCACUUCCCAAAUCCCAGCCUCCGCAGACACAGAAAUGCUUGUCCCUGGGCCAAAUGUGUCUCCUGUGCGGUGUCUUAGCAAGGAGCCAUUUUCUGUCUGUAUGUGUGUGUGUGUGUGUGCGUGUGUGUGUACUAUACGUGCCUCAUUGCACUAGGUGGGGAAACACUGUCUUUCAUAGACAUUAGUUUGUAUUGUCUAUGUCGUCUCUGAAAUCAGCUGCCAAUCAUUCAACCCUCCUCUCCUUUCUAUCCCUUUGCCUGAUGUAAGUAACUGUGUUGAUCGUGUACUUCUUUCAGUAAUUUGUGUACUGUAUGUCCAAGGGAAAAAAACAGAUGGCACAGUGAUUGAAAAUUGAAUUGUUGGGUGUGUUUUGAUUAAAUUUACGAGUAAGGAACGUGGGAAAAAAAAUGAAAGAAAAAAACAAACAAUUGAGACUUAUUUUGUACGGCCUACAUAUCAUGACAAAUUCAGAUCCCCCUUAAAGCAAGACAACAGAGAGGAGGUGUUGUGAGAAAACAAGCGCCUGUGCACUUUCGGUGUAAACCGAUACAGACUUAUAAAGCCAUGUCUGUCACCGCUACUACGACUACUACUGUAACCUCAGCAAAACAACAGUAAAACACCUCACUACAGCUACUUGUAUUGCUAUCGUUACCAUUUCUUUCUUAUCCUCUCGCACACACACGACCAUGUUGGAGUGUGUGCAUGGUUCAAGGUAGGGAUCUAGUUUCUUUAUAUUUACCAUUGGUCCGUGCAAGGGCAGUGAGAACUACCGGUGUGCUUGAUCAGGUAUACAGGGGUGGGGGGGGUGACACAUUCCACAUCAUACCUGCAGGUAUUCUGUGUGGUUUGUCAGCUGGGAUAUUAUUGACCAGCUUGACUAAGUAUGAUAUAUGGUUGAGAUACAGUAUUGAUCCAUUGGUCUCGAGGCCCAAUAAGUCUCUCUUUCCCAGCCUCUCUAUCUCUCUGCUUGUUUGUACCCUAUUUAGCCCUUGUGUUACUGCCUGGUGAUAGAUUACAAAACUCACAGUGGAACGAGCACAUCCCUUUAUUCUCUUCCCCCCUCCGUCCGCCACCUCCCUCUCUUUCUCUUUUUGUCCGUCUGAUUACUGUCUGAUUACUCAUUCUUUUCUCCAGCCAUCCUUAGCUUCCUCUACCUCCCCCUCACACCUAUCCAUUUCUCCCCGUAUUUAUUUUAACUCUCCUCCCCCCACCCCACCUUCCAGCUCCCUUCGCUAUCUCACAUCCCUCCAUCUUGCCCUCUUUCUUUCUGUGUAUGACACCCCCUUCCCCCCCUCCCCUCUUCCCGUCCUCUCUAUUCUCUCUCGCUGUCUUUUCGUGUUAGUGCAGUUCUGAAUGGUCAUGGGAAAACAUGUUUGCAUGCUUAUAUUAACAUGAAUGAUGUCAACUUGAUGCAAUGAAAAAUUAUAUAAGUGAUGCUUUAAGCAAAAUCUGACAAUGAACUUGAUACUAAUACUACUAAUGAUGACUAAAUGGAGACCUAGCAGUUGUUUAUCUCUGUGGUCAAAAACAACGAUGAUGAAAUAACUUUGUUUAUGCUGUAUUUAUCUCAAAUUGGUAUUCUUUUUUGAUUUUCAAUUGUUUUUUAUAUAUAAAAUGUAUUCAAGAGGUUUAAUUUUUUUAUUGGUUAAAGCUGAGAAUUUGAGUGAGGGGUUCAGUCAGGGUGAUUGUUUCAGUCGGGACAGCUGUACCAGGUCGCAGGAUAUUGAUGAAUGUGUAAGUAACAGUAUGGCUGAAGCAAUGAUAACGGAAAUAAAGGAUAUGUAUCAUCCAA